AUGAAAGACCUUGUAACCAAGAAAUUGAAGGUUAGUCAUGAGCCAGAGGACAAUCUUCUCCAUUGUGGCGCUAUCUCUACAAGGUCUUUAGGGCAGAAAAAGAUAGAUUUGGGAGCGUUUACCAUUUCGUCUACUAUUAGACCCUUGAAGUUCACAAAAAAACUAUGCAAUUUGGGCGCCAGUAUAAAUUUAAUGCCACUGGCUGUGUACAAGAAAUUGGGUUUAAGGGAUCCUACCCCAACAAAUAUGCGGUUAGUAAUGGCAGAUAGAUCUGUGAAGCGGCUUGUUGGCAUACUGCAUGAUGUUUUGGUAAAGGUAGUUGAUUUUGUUAUGCCUGCUGAUUUUGUGGUCCUAGAUUGUGAAGUGGAUUUUGAACUGCCCAUCAUUUUUGGUAGGCCAUUACUUGUAACAGGGAGAGUGCUAGUAGAUAUGGAGUUGAACGAGAUAAAGUUUAGGUUCAAUGACCAAGAAGCAUGCUUUAAAAUACACUCAUCCAUGACUCAGUAA